UCAAUAUUCAGCAACAAUGUCUGUUUCAAAUGGACUUGAUGCAAUGUUUUGGCAAAUGAGUAAUGCGGCUGUGUGAGCUGCUGCAACAUCUGACAUUGUUGUGGAAAGGAGUGAACGUGGAACGUGGUGCUGAGAGACUAAACACACCUUCAGUCUUCAAACAGAAAUUACCCAGCCUUAUGGAGGAAUGACGGUGUGCUAAGAAUGUUCGCAGUAUCGAGUAGGAAGGCUUUGCUCCUGUGUGGGGAAUGAACGCUUGUCAGAGCCAGAAUUAAACCUGAUGAAUGCAGACUCACCCACUUCCAUUUCUUCCCUCUCAAAUUCUGCGUUUGUCCUCAUUCUGUCUGUGUGUUCAUUCAUAGGUUCCUCUUCCUCCCCACCUCCCCAUUGACUCACACUCCUUCCCUGUCUGUUACUGCUUUCCUUUCAUUUUCCUUCAGGUUUCCUUCCUAUUCACUCCAUUUUUCCCCUGCCUGACACUUCUGUACACAUUUUCAUCUGAGGCGAACAAACAGGAGAGAGACAACGGGGGGGAACAAAUGGGAGGUAAUAAAUCACAAGACAGUGGGAUUUCAGAGAUGGAGGAACUUCCAGUCCCACACAACAUCAAAAUAAGUAACAUCACGUGCGAUUCCUUCAAGAUUUCUUGGGACAUGGAUUCUAAAUCCAAGGACCGCAUCACUCAUUACUUCAUUGAUCUCAACAAGAAAGAGAACAAGAAUUCCAAUAAAUUCAAACACAAGGAUGUACCCACAAAAUUGGUGGCCAAAGCUGUUCCUUUGCCUAUGACAGUCCGUGGGCACUGGUUCUUGAGCCCAAGAACAGAAUACACAGUUGCAGUGCAGACUGCAUCGAAGCAAGUUGAUGGCGAUUAUGUUGUUUCUGAGUGGAGUGAAAUCAUCGAGUUUUGCACAGCAGAUUAUUCAAAAGUUCACUUAACGCAGCUUUUGGAAAAAGCUGAAGUGAUUGCAGGCCGUAUGCUUAAACUGUCUGUAUUUUAUCGGAAUCAGCACAAAGAAUACUUCGAUUAUAUCAGAGAGCACCAUGGGAAUGCUAUGCAGCCCUCUGUUAAGGAUAACAGUGGCAGCCAUGGCUCUCCAAUCAGUGGGAAGUUGGAAGGCAUCUUCUUUAGCUGCAACACUGAGUUUAACACUGGGAAACCACCACAAGAUUCACCUUAUGGAAGAUACAGGUUUGAGAUUGCAGCUGAAAAACUCUUCAACCCCAAUACUAACUUGUACUUUGGAGACUUCUACUGCAUGUACACAGCUUACCACUACGUCAUUCUUGUUAUUGCCCCUGUCGGAUCACCAGGAGAUGAAUUCUGUAAGCAGCGCCUUCCUCAGCUAAAUAUAAAAGAUAAUAAAUUUCUGACCUGUGAUGAAGAAGAUGGAGUAAUGGUUUACCAUCAUGCCCAGGAUGUUAUUCUGGAAGUAAUUUACACUGAUCCUGUGGAUCUCUCCCUCGGCACAGUUGCAGAAAUUACUGGUCACCAACUAAUGAGCUUGUCUACUGCAAAUGCAAAGAAAGAUCCCAGCUGCAAGACCUGCAAUAUCAGUGUUGGACGUUAAAACUUCCCUCAUCCUUAGAAGCCUUCAAACCUCUGUUGCCCAUUUCCAUAGUCAGCUGUUUUUGUCAGAAGCAUGCACAUGCCGCUGUCACCAAGAGCAAACACGAGUCUCCAAAUUCUCCAAGUAGCCUUUUUAGUAUUUCUUCUCCCUCUCUUUCCCUUCUGUUCCUCCAAUGCUUUAAAUGAUUAGAAGUCCUGGGUUAUUUUUUUUCUCUGGCAACCAUUUAUACUUAGAUGCUGCAAAAAAUUGUUUUCUGUUUCUUGCCAAACAUAACAAAAUCCUAUAUAAACUGCUUUAGCAAAAUAAAAAUAACGGCUUAUAAAUGGUGUUUAAAUAUGCAUUCAUUUUAACUACUGAACAAAUACUGGGAUAACUCCAAACAGCAUGAAAGGUUGUAAUUGCAGCAUGAUUUAAAUUUCAAAGCCUAGAAAUGUCAGCACUUCCAACGUGUUGUUUGACAGUGUUAUUUAUGUUAUUUAUAUUAGCUAACUGAAAACAGAAACUGUGUCUUGACAUAAUAAAUAUAAUAGAAAAAUA